UUCUAUGAUGCAAUGAAUGUUAUAACUGAUAAUCAUGAUGAUCUUAAUGAAAUUUGUGUCAAACUACAGUUGCCUAUUUUUUCAAAUACUCAAGAAGUUGGUUUUUUAAUUGAAUACUGCAAGGUAAUACUCAUAUUAUGUAAUACUCAAUUAUAUAUUUAAAUAUUUUAAAGUGUUCAAAUAUAAAAAGUUGCUUAAAUUAAAAUCGAUACUUCCAGGUUAUGAAACCAGUUGCCCAAGCUUUGGAUAUUUUGCAAGGAGAAAAAAAAAAUUGCAUUGGUUAUUUAUUACCUACCAUUAGCGCAAUAAAUAAUUCCUAUGAUGAGAUGAAAAAUCUUAAGUUUUGUCAACCUCUUGUUCUCAGCUUAAAGAAAGGACUCGCUAAAAGAUUUCAAAGAUUCAUGUCUUGCGAAAACUGUCAAAUAUCAGCUGUCUUAAUUCCAAAAUUUAAACUGAAUUGGGCCAAACCGCAUGACAAAGUUAAUAUAAGACAGCGACUGAUUGAUUAUUUGAUCUCAGAUAAUGAGAAGGAUGAUAAUAGUUUGUCACUACCCAUGUCAAUAGAUCAGAUUACUGGUAGUGAUUCGGAAGAUGAUUUUUUACAGUUUGGGGACACUGUAGAAACAGAUUAUUUUCCAAACAAUAACAUACAAAUGUUGGUGGAUAACUAUCUAUCAAACACAAUGUUAAAAACACCUAAUGAUUUACCUUUACCGUUGAAAAAAGCAUACAUAAGGUUCAAUACAGCGAUACCCUCAUCAGCUCCUGUAGAAAGGCUGUUUAGUGCAGGAGGGCAAUUAAUGGAAAAAAGGAGAGGAAAAAUGGCUGAUAAAAAUGUUGAAAUGACCUUGUUACUGAAAUAUAAUAAAUAUUUCAAUAUCAUGUGA